AUGCCAGUGGGCAACGCAAGUUCGAAUACGCAGCGAUGGCUUCAAUGUGAAGACUUACUUCGCCUCGUCCUCUCGGAAGCCUGUCAACAAGACCUUAUAUCAGCAUCGCUGGUCUGCCGCGCCUUCGCCGCGGUGUCGCGCAGCUUCAUUCUGCAGCAAUUCGUACUUGAUGUAGCGGACGAAGACAGGAAGCUCGUCAUUACAGGCGAGCCAAAACACAAGUCGUGGUGGAAGCAUCUCGACGAACUCGACGAUGGUGAGGAUUCCGAGCCCGAGCGAUCCGAGGCCCUCGAGGAACUCCAACGGCACAUUCGAGACGGGACGUUCGGGGAGGGACUGACAGAAGUGAGAUGGGAUGCCGGCCUAGACAUUCCAGCAUCAUUGAUAGACACUACACAAGCGGCGUUUCCAGGGUGCACCUUCACGCUCGACAGGUACGCAGGUUCGGCUCUUCCUCCUAUGCCCAAGCUCGUGUCGCUUGAUGCGACUGUGCGCUUCCGCCACGACCCUCUCCUCCAAUUUCAGCCUAUCUUCCUUCAAUCUCCGCGACUACGCUGCCUGCGAAUGACACCAAACAAUCGCACGGGCUGCGUCGUCCCCGUCGUACAACUCGACGAACUGGAGGAGGAGCGCGCACCGCCGUUCUUGACGUACGACUCGACACGGCCGCUCUGCCACAUGACCGGUCCUUCCAUCGAGGAGCUUGUCUUGGAACAAAUGUCUUGGAGCGACGAGGGCGCCACCCAGUGCCUCGAGGGUAUGUCGUGGUCACGCUUGCGCAAGUUGGAGCUGAAUCGCUGCGAUGCGAUCCCGCUCCUUCGAGCGUGUGUCAGCCCGCGCUUACCGUCCCUCUCCGAGUUCAAGUUCACCAUGUGGUGCGAGGAUUACGACGAGCAGACAUGCGCGAGCGCCGUGGAGGCUCUCCACAAUUUCUUAUUCAGUGCAUCGGGACUCGAGGGUCUACAUCUCGAGGGACCGUACCAUUCUUUGGUCUCAACCAUCGCGGCGCACCAUGGGCCAACCUUGCAGUCGCUUGUACUGCAUGAAAAGGAGCGCCGUGAAGACUCGCAGCGACCAACCCUGAAUACACGGGAUCUUCGAGGACUGGGCAAGAGUUGCACAACGCUGCGACAUCUCGGUAUCGACGUCGAUGCGAAUUAUAGCAUAACUCAGGACACGGUCUCGGAGCCGGCAACAUUGACGUCAAUCCUCAAUUCGCUCAAACACUUCCCUGCGCUCAACAAGCUCACGCUAUACACACCGAUCGGGAUUGCUGGGCCCGAAACUCGGCACAGCGACUAUCGUCUCCAUCUCCUCAAAGAGCAUGCGGGCUUUAUCAUGUUACCCGACAUCGGCGACGCCUCCGCGAUUCUAAUCGGCAGGAGGGGGAAGCUGCAGACGAUAGUUGUCAACAUCGGGGAACAGGACAGGCAGAUGGGCAUCGGAUACCCUGCCCCCUGGGUUCUAUGGGAACGGGACAAUCGCACACAGCUGACGCUGGAGAGGGCUGUUCCUGGCCACGGGAAGGUGUUGAUCAAAGCGUCGCGGACAGGCGCUAUCCCGUUUUCCUUCACCCCGAGAGGUGAGCCGAUUGCGUGGUCGGUCGUUCGUGGAAAUAGGUGGAUAGAGACGGAGUAUUCGGAACCACGUAAGGGCUUGGCCCGAUUGUUGAAGAUACGCUAGGGAGGCUUCUAUGUUAUCCCCUCACCGAUUUGUGUCUAUAUAGUGAGCACGCCCAUUUUGUCACAGACGCACUGAAAUUCUUCCGCAUCGUUGAAUCAACGUCAUGCCGCCUCUGACUACGGAACGCACGGUUGUUCUAGUGGACUGUUCGACAGGUGACAUUGCCAGCUGUGCAGACUACCUAC